ACACAUAUAAACCAGAUUUCCGUCGCGUUGUUCCGGAUUUUAUCACAUGUAUUAAAACAAAAUACCACAACAAUAAAUUUAAAUAUGGUCUAAAAAUUAAGACUACAUUACAUUUGGUGCUGUAUUUUAAAAUGAGCGAUAUAUCUGGGAGUGAGUAUAGCUUGCAUUUAUUUUGUAUUACGGCUACUUACUGAACCACAUUGCGACCAGCAUCACAACAAAGAUGCAAGAUGAAAAUACCAAGAAAAGCGAAGCUUUCAGUUUACUAACAACAAAAUCGAUCAAACUUUAUAUAAUACGAUAAAGCGGUGCCCGAAUGCAGCAGAAGUGUUUUUAACUUUAUAUUUGCUGUUUUAUAUUUGAAGUGUUUUUAAGCAGUAAAUUUCAGUGUUUAAUGGACGGAGGGACACGUGCGGUUAAAUAGCCGGUUUACUGACACCGUGAGUCUUAAAGUAACACUUUCACACUGCAGAUAGUGACUCCACGAAAACUUCACCAACCACAAUUAUCUAAGUAAAAAAGAUUGUUCACUCGCAGAUGAUCAAUCCCUGGAGUCGCAAGAUGCGACUGCAGCACAGGCCGUAGUUAAGAUGCUGAAUAUAUAAUCGCUGACCAGGCUGCAACAAAAUAUGUUCCGUCACCUAUCAGUCUGCCCAGUUUAGAAGCGAUUACAGAUGCAGCCGAAACAGACAGGUAGCCUCGGAUAAACGGAAACAAAACGUCGAGUUACUGGAAUACGAAUAAAAUGCAUCCUCAAAAACAAAGUUUGCUACGAGAGGCGUCACACCAGAUCAUUGCCGGUGGAUCAGCAGGUCUGGUGGAGAUUUGCCUCAUGCACCCGCUGGACGUGAUAAAGACCAGAUUUCAGAUUCAAAGAGGAGCCAGUGACCCCCACAGCUACAAGAGCCUAGGAGACUGCUUCAGGACCAUAUUUCGCAGCGAGGGGCUAUAUGGUUUCUACAAGGGAAUUUUGCCCCCAAUCCUCGCUGAGACCCCAAAGAGAGCAGUUAAGUUCUUCACCUUUGAGCAAUAUAAGAGGCUGCUGGGGUUCACAUCAUUGUCUCCUGGUCUGGCAUUGUCAGUGGCGGGGCUUGGGUCAGGCCUGACUGAGGCCUUGGUGGUCAAUCCUUUUGAGGUGGUCAAGGUCAGUCUGCAGGCCAACAGAGACUCCUUCAAAGAGCAACCCUCAACUUUCACCCAGGCGCGUAACAUCAUCAAUGCUGGUGGAUUCGGCCUGCAAGGACUCAACAAGGGGCUGACGUCCACUUUGGGUCGUCAUGGCGUCUUCAAUAUGAUCUACUUUGGCUUCUACUUCAAUGUUAAGGACGCCAUCCCUGCAAGCCAGGAUCCAGUGUUGGAAUUCCUGCGAAAGUUUGCCAUUGGCCUGACCUCUGGGACCAUUUCCUCAUGUAUGAACAUACCAUUCGAUGUGGCCAAGAGUCGCAUCCAGGGCCCUCAGCCAGUCCCAGGCGAAAUCAAGUACCGGACGUGCUUUCAGACCAUGGGCCUAGUCUGCCGGGAAGAAGGAUACUUGGCAUUGUACAAAGGGUUGGUGCCCAAGAUAAUGCGCCUGGGACCAGGUGGAGCCGUAAUGCUGCUGGUCUAUGAAUAUGUGUCUGGAUGGCUGCAAAGAAACUGGUGAAGAAAGCUGCGCUCUUCAGGUGACCUCGGUGUCCACCUGCAGCCUGUCUCCACAUGGCACCAAAACGGCGUCCCUCCCCAGGGCCAGAGCUGCACCUUUCCAGCAUCUCCAUGACCUCGUCAAACCCCCAUCCCACCACAGUGACCAGGAUACACACUUUUUAAAACUGAUUUAUAGUCAAAGGUGGAACCUAUGUUCCCCGUUCGUGGAUAUUUUUAAUGUAGCUGUUCUCUGGUUAUUGUGCUGAAGAAGACAUCAUGCAUUUCUGUUUGCCCUGUCCGGUUUCCCGCUACUUGCUACGACACGUUAAUUAAAAUGAUAAGGAAGGAAAUCUGCCUUGAGAUUCAAAAUGUUUGUGUGCAUGUUGUAUAUUUACAGUCACCUGGACAUUAAGUGAGUUGCGAUUGGGAGACGACUUCCUUUCAGUACAUCUACAUGCACUAACGAUUCCGGAUAUUUUUACUACCUCCCCUCUGCAUUUGUGUGAGUUCCUAGCCUCAUAUGACCCUUUCUUUACAAUAUUUCCCUUUUCAAUUCAUCCCCUGCUCUUCAGUCACCUUCUGCUAGGAUUAUACAACAAAGCAAAUCUGGUCAGCAGCCUUUAUCCACCAAAGGAAUUGCAUAAGACCCAUAUGCUUUUCAUUGUAAUAGUCCCCUGAUUUGCAUGCAAACGUGAAUGAUGCUGAUCCUUUUUAAUUUUCUGAAAACUUUUUUUAAGCAAAUAAUCCUUUCCAACACGAGCCAUAUGUUUCAAAGUGUAAGGACAGUAUCCCUAUAUUGCAAUGUUUCCCAGUCCGUUCCUUGCGGACCCACAGACAGUCCUCGUUUUUGAUCUUUCCAGUCGGAAGCUUGGAGGGAGCAAAAAUGUGGACUGUCUGACAGGGAGCUGGGAGCGAGCAGAAACAUCCCCAAGGACCCAAUUAGGAAACACUGCUAUAUUGUAUCCACCUCCUUUCAGACCAGGCGUAUGGCACUGCAAGCAGUCCACAGGAAAAGGACACGAUGUCGCAUUUUCAGUUGCUUGCUUGUGUUGUUAUAACAAUUAAAUAUGGAAUUUUUGUGAA